GUUCAUCGACACGUAUGGUCUGUCAAACGUCACGAACUAGGAAGUACUUUUCGUAAUCAUUUCACAGCAGAAAAUCAUAACAUAUGUGCACGCUCCACCUUCGUCUGUAGAGUAUUGUUACCUCAAAUUUAAACAAAAUGCGAGAUCCACAGGCUGUAAGCCACAAGAUAAUCCAGGCUGUUUACACUAGCUCGAGCAGUGGCCUGGAAGGCUUCAAGGCUAAUGCCGUGUUCCAGGAGAUAAACAAAAAGCUUCAGGAGCAGGAUGGGGAGCAGUUUGUGAAAAAGAUCGGAGGAGUUUUCGCUUUCAAGGUGAAGGGUGGACCAAAUGGGGAGGAGGCUGUGUGGUUUGUUGAUGUGAAAAAUGGCAAAGGCUGUGUCCACAAUGACACAGCAAAAAAAGCAGACUGCACAAUUGCAAUGUCAGAUGCUGAUCUGUUGGCUCUGAUGACGGGGAAGAUGAACCCACAAACAGCUUUUUUCCAGGGGAAGUUGAAGAUCACAGGGAACAUGGGUAUGGCCAUGAAGCUCCAGAGCCUGCAACUGCAGCCAGGCAAAGCCAAGCUGUGAAGGAGCAGUAGUGGAAAAUGGGCAAAGCUUGACUCCAGGCAUUGAUUUAGGAUUAACGUUAUACAUCUCAGAUCUAGCCUAAGUAGUUCAAUAACAACCGUUGUCCAGACCAGUGCCUAAGGGUAACAUCCACCUACUGAAUGCAGUAGGUGGUUGUUUGUUCAACCAUCCUUGUUUGUUCUACCUUGUUGAUAGGAGAAAACAAGCCCUGUCUGUCGGGGAAAGGAGUAUGGAUGGACAGAAACACAGUUUUUCCUCCCAACGACUAUUUUCUGACAGUGUUAGUUGAGACCUUGUAGAGGUGGGCACUCUGAUUUUCAUGUUUAUGAACCAAUCAUCUUUCUAACACAAUUAUGUCGUCCAAUACCUCCCUCUUUCGUUGAGCUACUCUGCAAACAUUCUUUGCUAAUGGAAAUAUCCCUCCCCAAAAGCUGUAUAAAUCUGGUCAAAGUUGUGUGGAGUAGUUUUUCACUUUCUGUCUGUGAGUCAAGUGCCUCUCAUCUUUUGUGUGUUGUUGCAUAAGGACUGUAUCACCUUUAGACACGUUUGUAUUGCAUACUCUUGAUAAUGGGACUUAAUGGAUAACUGGAUGUGGGUCACUGUGACUCCAAUAUCUGCCAUGUCAGUCUUUUGUAAACAAAACGUGACUUGUUACUGAAUAAACAGUAUUUUCUCCUG